CAACAACUUGGUUCUUCUCUCUUGCUACAUAUUCCUAUUUGGUAUUAUAAUGAUGAAGACUUUGAGCAUCUUUUUGAUUUUUUCGUUGCUAAGCAAUGCAAAUUUGCUUGGACUGGUAGAAGCAAGGUCUCUCAGUACGAUGAGUGCAGCAACUACGGACGCUUUCUUGCCCAUACCACCCAUUGGCAUUGGAACUCCGAAGCAGUCUACUUUGAGCAUUGGUGAGGGCCACAACUUCAAUGAUGCCAAUACUCUCGCUAAUGUCAAAGCAUCUGGCCCAAGCCCGAAAGGCGGUGGUCAUCAUGGCCACAACUUCAAUGAUGCCAAUACUCUUGUUGAUAUCAAAGCAUCUGGCCCAAGCCCGAAAGGCGGUGGCCAUAAGGGCCACAACUUCAAUGAUGCCAAUACUCUCGCUAAUGUCAAAGCAUCUGGCCCAAGCCCGAAAGGCGGUGGUCAUCAUGGCCACAACUUCAAUGAUGCCAAUACUCUUGUUGAUAUCAAAGCAUCUGGCCCAAGCCCGAAAGGCGGUGGCCAUAAGGGAUGUUGUUAA